AUGUGGAGAUGUACUAAGGGUUACCCUUGCAAGGCUCGCUUCAAAGCCGCUUACACCGGCGAAGUCAUCAGGGUCACUACAUUCCAGCACACGCACCCACCACCUUCAAUCAUCAUAAAUAACGGGGUCUUAUUAAAGGUCCCCAAAGAUACACUUCUAUAUCUGUACAACCAAGCUGGUAGACCGACAGCACUUCUCUACGGAUACAGUUAUUAUUACAAUGGAAACAGAAAGAAAACUGAUGUAUGGAGAUGCACGAAGACUUCCAAAUGCAGUGCGAGCUUCGUCACCACAAAGGAUAGGAAGAUAUUGAGGUGGAACAUAGCAUACUUCGUACAUAAUAUAAACGGGAAGGAGCUGGCUAUAGUUCGCGGGCACUCCUUUUAUUGUGGUAGCCGUGGUGCUAAGACCGCUAUAUGGAGGUGUACGAGGUGGGGCCAGUGCAGAGCCAGGUUCAUCAUGAACGUCCAAGGAAAAGUGGUGACGUCACACCUGGAACACAACCAUAGGCCUCCCAUGUUUGUUAUACGCGAAGUGACGUGUGUCCAGAAUCCCCUCGGGAAGCCAGUGGCUAUAUUCAAUGGCUUCACAUAUUACAGUUCGUUCCGCAGCAAGUUGGUGUUAUCCUGGCGUUGUACUCGCGGUUCUCCGUGUAAAGCUAGAAUAUCCACCACCCCGGAGUACAAAAUCAUCAGAGGUAGAGAGGUUCUUAUAAUAGAUGGAUAUGCGUUCCGACUGAUGAGGAGACACAUUGCCACGGACUACUACUGGUGUGCUAAAGGAAAUAAAUGCACUUCCAAAGUCGUGGUCUCCAAGGGAAAGGAAAUCGUGAAGGCUAAUGUGAAACACAAUCACGCUCCAAUGAAAUAUAUCAUAAGUGUAUCAAUUUUUAAGAAUAAUAUGGGUAAAGAUGUCGCAGUGGUGGAUAAUUUCACAUAUUAUUGUGGGAGUCGCAGCGAGAACACAGUGUCGUGGCGAUGCAGUUACUCUAAAUGUAGAUCGAGGUUCCUGAUGACGUAUGACCACCAGAUGCUUAGAGGAACCUUCGAGCAUAAACACGAUCCGCCACGUGACGCAGAUACUGAACAAAGCUGGCAAGCAAAUAGCUAUCCUAAAUGGUUUUACAUACUACUGUGCUGCUAUGGGUACGUCCACAGUCGCCUGGAGGUGUACCCGAGGGAAGACCUGCAAGGCUCGAUUCUACAUUGGGUCUAUAAAAGUUCUGGAACUAAAUUGGCGGUGAUUGAAGGUUUUACAUUCUAUUGUGCUAUAAAGAAUAAAAUGACAAGCGCCUGGAGAUGCACUAAAGGUGGUAAUUGUAAGGCAAAGUUCACCCUACACACAGACACUCAGGACAUCAUGAGACCAGACCUACGUCAUGAUCACUCUCCCCCCACCUUCAUCAUUAAAGACGGAGUUUACUUGAAAAUCUAA